UGAGCAACAGGUGAAGCCUCCUACUCACCGCUCAGAGGCUCCGCUGCAGGUGCGUACACCUCCACGACCGCUCAGUUAUCCUCAUGUGGAAGAGGGGCCACAUGGCCACAUAUCCACAUGUGAAACUACUGUAAUCGAGGAAAUUUGUCCAAUUGAUUUUAAGGAUCCAAGGAGCGCGGAAGGACGUGUGUAUAGUCAUGGCUCCAAGACCAGAAGUGGGGACUGAUUCCUCCCCCACUCUCGAUGACAGCACUCCGGCUAAAGAUGCGGCCAUCCUGCCGGCUUACUCCACCGUGGACCUGGUGAAUGAGGAUCCAGACGCAGAAGAUCCCUGGGACCUCCCAGAGCUCACAGACACCGGGAUCAAGUGGUCAGAGCUGGAUACAAAGGGAAAGAUUAUGAGAGUGCUGACUGCUAUUGUGAAGGCCGUUCUGCUGCUUGGACUCCUCUAUCUGUUUAUUUGCUCGCUGGAUGUUCUCAGUUCUGCUUUCCAGCUAGUUGGAGGCAAAGCUGCUGGUGACAUCUUCCAGGACAAUGUUGUGUUAUCCAACCCUGUGGCUGGGCUGGUGAUUGGGGUGUUAGUCACAGUGCUGGUGCAGAGCUCCAGCACCUCCUCUUCAAUUGUGGUCAGCAUGGUGUCCUCUGGAUUGCUGGAUGUCCAGUCUGCAGUGCCGAUCAUCAUGGGCGCCAACAUUGGAACAUCUGUCACCAACACUAUUGUGGCCAUGAUGCAGGCAGGAGACCGAAAUGAGUUCCGCAGGGCAUUUGCUGGCGCCACGGUCCACGACUUCUUUAACUGGCUGUCUGUGGUGAUUCUUCUGCCCCUGGAAGUAGCCACAGGUGUUCUGUACAAACUCACCCACCUCUUAAUCGAAUCCUUCAACAUCCAGAACGGAGAGAACGCCCCCGACCUGCUCAACGUCAUCACAGACCCUCUCACCAACUCCAUCAUCCAGCUGGAUAAAUCUGUUAUCACUGACAUUGCCACUGGUGACCAAGCAGCCAGAAACAAGAGUCUGAUCAAAAUAUGGUGCAAAAAAGAGACCAACGUGACUUUCUGGAAUGGAACAGUGGAGAACUGCACUGCUGGUGCCGUCUGCUGGGAGGAAGGUAACCUGACCUGGACCCAGAUGAACGCGUCUUGGACCGAUUACCAACAGAAAUGCAAACACCUCUUUGUCAAUACUAAUUUGCCAGACCUGGCAGUGGGCCUCAUUCUCCUGGCUCUGUCUUUGCUCGUCCUCUGCACCUGCCUCAUCCUCAUCGUCAAGCUGCUCAACUCCAUGCUGAAGGGACAGGUGGCUGUGGUCAUCAAGAAGGUGCUCAACACAGACUUCCCCUUCCCCUUCGCCUGGGUUACUGGCUACAUUGCGAUUUUGGUGGGAGCAGGGAUGACCUUCAUUGUUCAGAGCAGCUCCGUCUUCACCUCAGCUAUAACUCCUCUUGUUGGUAUUGGUGUCAUUAGCCUUGAGAGAGCCUAUCCUCUGACACUGGGGUCAAAUAUUGGUACAACAACCACUGCUAUACUUGCUGCUAUGGCUAGCCCUGCAGAAACACUGGCCAACUCCCUGCAGAUUGCACUUUGCCAUUUCUUCUUCAACAUCAUGGGUAUCUUAUUGUGGUAUCCACUCCCCUUCAUGCGAGUGCCCAUCAGGUUGGCCAGAGGGCUUGGGAACCAUACGGCCAAAUACCGCUGGUUUGCCGCCCUCUACCUCUUCCUGUGCUUCUUGGUUUUCCCUCUCACUGUAUUUGGCCUGUCGCUGGCUGGUUGGCAAGUCCUAGUCGGCGUCGGCGUGCCCGUCAUUGUGUUUGUUGUCUUUGUCAUCAUUGUCAAUGUGAUGCAGUCUCGCUGCCCCCGGUACCUGCCAAAGGUCCUCCGCAGCUGGGACUUUUUGCCCCGACCCCUGCACUCUAUGGCGCCCUGGGACGCUGUGGUGACCUCGACCUUGGGCUUCUGUGGCAAACACUGCUGCUGCUGCUGCUGCAAAUGCUGCAAGUGCUGCAAAAAAGAUGAGGAUGAAAAGAUGAGGAGGAACAGCAAGCAAAGUCUGGAGAUGUACGAUAAUCCAGCCAUGUCAAGAGAUGAGGAUACAAAGGAGGCUGUUAAAGCAACACAUCUUUAAUAUCAUUAAGUUAAAUUUGUAUCUGUAAGCGAUAUUCAAUGCAAUAAUAUAUUUGGAACACGCUUGUAAUUGUUCACCACUUCUCAGGUUGUGGUAUGUUGAUGAGUCCCCUUUGUCGGAUGAUAUACUAAGCUCUGCAGUAAAUACUGUCUAUCACCAUCAUGCUGGAGAUUAUGAACACAAGUGUUGGAAAUAUUAUAAUGAACAUGCUGUUUCUGGGCAUGAUGUUUAUUUUAUGAUGUUUUCAGUUUACUGUUCCGACUCACUAUCUGCUAUGACUUAACUGUGGGUGGUUCUGAAUUUAUUUUUAUAUUUUUUAUAUAUUAUUUUUUACUUUGAACAUUUGAAUUCCAAAUGUUUAAUGUAGCAUUUAAAAUAUUUGUUAUCCUUCAGUAUUUAAGACUAUAAUAUUUGUAAAUAAAAAAUUACUAUUUUUAAAGUGCAGUAUUGUCACUUUUUCCCCAUCCAGUUCCAUCUCUUUUACUGUAUGUACUGUAGAUAACACAGGCUUGGUAUCUAUGGCCUGAAGUCAAAGUUAUUUAUAGUUACUGAUAUGUCAUUUUAAUCAAUUAAUUUGAUAUUCAUCUCAGAUAUUGCUGGCCAUGCAUGUGUUUCACGUUAUAGAUCAGAAGAUUCACUGGUUGCCUGGAAGUGUGUUAAAACAAAAUAGCUUCCUGUAGCAAAUAGAGUCUUGCUUUCAUAUCUGAUUUGCUUUUGAACAGUAAUUUUGUGACUUCAGACUGAAGCACUGGGCAAAGUCUAUCCACCGUGGAAUUAGAGCAAUAUUAUCCAGGUAGCUCUUGAUUCUAUUUGUUAAGCAAUGUUUAAAGUUUUUUAAAAUUUGUGUGAAGAAAAUGUUUGAAUAAAAUAAGACGGUGUAGUCCCUCA